GGGAUUAACAUCACGAAAAAUGGACCUUGAAGUAGUUUCCAGUGAAACAAAGACUGAAUUCUCAUUGACUUCAGCAUAAAAACAGUCUGACCACAGCUUCUCCAGUGCUUGGUUUUAUUGUUUUGGAAAUAUGUUUCUUAUUAGAAAGUGUUUGCUUUAGUUAACAUUUACAGAGACAAAGGGACCGGGGAGGUGGUUAAUAAUUGGCAGAAGUCGAUAGUUUUCAUAAUGGAACAGAAGAUUCUUUUAUUAAUCAGUGGGAAGAAGAACAGCAGAGGGAUUAGAGAGAAGCAGGCCAGCUAAGUAACUCUGCUAAUUGCAUGCGACUGUAAAUGAAGCAGCAGAGCCGUGCUGGUUAGCUGGGAGGAGAGACCCUACAGUCUGAGAGCAUCCAGCAUCGCACCUGCUCACCUCGCCAGUCCCCACGAUUAAGCUGUAAAAGUGAACGACUGUAGCAGCCCCUAGUAAAGAGCACAAACGAGCACCAGCAUACACUGAGUAUGUUUUUGAACACGUUAACCCCCAAGUUCUAUGUUGCCCUGACAGGCACCUCCUCACUAAUCUCGGGACUUAUUUUGAUCUUCGAGUGGUGGUACUUCCGCAAGUACGGCACGUCCUUCAUCGAGCAGGUCUCGGUGAGCCACCUGCGACCUCUGCUGGGCGGGGUGGACAACAGCGCGCCCAGCACGGCCAACGCCGCCGGCGGCGAGGCGGACUCCAGCCGGCAGAGCGUCUCAGAAUGCAAAGUCUGGCGAAAUCCUUUAAAUCUGUUCAGAGGAGCUGAAUAUAAUCGGUAUACGUGGGUAACAGGGAGAGAACCUUUGACUUACUACGAUAUGAAUCUUUCAGCACAGGACCAUCAGACAUUCUUUACAUGUGACACGGAUCAUUUACGGCCUGCAGAUGCUAUAAUGCAAAAAGCCUGGAGAGAGAGAAACCCUCAAGCCCGAAUUUCUGCAGCACAUGAAGCUUUGGAAUUGAAUGAAUGUGCCACUGCCUAUAUUCUCUUGGCUGAAGAGGAAGCUACAACAAUUGUAGAAGCAGAGAAGCUGUUCAAGCAGGCUCUGAAAGCUGGAGAGGGCUGUUACAGGCGCAGUCAGCAAUUGCAGCAUCAUGGUGCCCAGUAUGAAGCCCAACACAGAAGGGACACCAAUGUGUUAGUUUAUAUUAAGAGGAGGCUGGCAAUGUGUGCAAGAAAGCUGGGAAGGACCAGAGAAGCAGUGAAAAUGAUGAGAGAUUUGAUGAAGGAGUUUCCUCUGCUCAGCAUGUUCAAUAUCCAUGAAAACCUGCUAGAAGCUUUGUUGGAACUGCAAGCAUAUGCAGAUGUUCAGGCAGUCUUAGCAAAGUAUGAUGAUAUAAGCUUACCAAAAUCAGCAACAAUAUGUUACACAGCUGCAUUGCUCAAAGCCAGAGCUGUCUCUGACAAAUUUUCUCCAGAGGCUGCCUCAAGGCGAGGGCUGAGUACUGCAGAGAUGAAUGCAGUAGAAGCUAUUCACAGAGCAGUAGAAUUUAAUCCACAUGUGCCAAAAUAUCUACUAGAAAUGAAAAGCUUAAUUCUGCCCCCUGAACAUAUUCUGAAGAGAGGGGACAGUGAAGCAAUAGCAUAUGCUUUCUUUCAUCUUCAACACUGGAAAAGGGUAGAGGGAGCAUUGAAUCUCUUACACUGUACAUGGGAAGGCACUUUCAGAAUGAUCCCCUAUCCACUGGAAAAAGGACAUCUUUUCUACCCUUACCCUAUUUGUACAGAAACUGCAGAUAGAGAACUACUACCAUCAUUUCAUGAAGUUUCAGUUUACCCCAAGAAAGAGCUUCCCUUCUUCAUCCUCUUCACUGCUGGACUCUGUUCUUUCACAGCCAUGCUAGCCCUCUUGACACAUCAGUUCCCAGAGCUUAUGGGGGUCUUCGCAAAAGCUUUUCUCAGCACCCUCUUUGCCCCUUUAAAUUUCGUGAUGGAAAAAGUGGAAAGCAUCCUGCCCUCCAGUCUGUGGCACCAGCUGACGAGGAUCUGAGGGAGCACACCCGCGGACUGACUGCCAUGACGUCUUCUGUGCCAACUUUUUGUUGACCACAAGAAAGCAUGAUAAAAAGGGAAGCAGUUCUAAGACUUAAAAACUCUUCAUGGAUUGUCUGUUCUCAUAUGAAAACUGUUUUGUUGUACAAAAUACAUUGAUGUUAGGUUCUAUUAUAUUUUGCCUUCAGAAAAGACAAACUUAAAAAUAAACUUUUUGUGUAUUGCA